UUGAAUUUGUCAAGUUUGCAAUUGAGGAUGAAUUUUUCACGCAUAUCUUCAGCUCUCUUUCUCUUCUUUAUAUGCCACUUCAUUACAUCAGGUAAACUUAGAGAGGUGGAGGGAUGCAGCAUUUACAUUAGUAACAAAUGCUCCUUUCCUAUAUGGCCUGCAACAGCCCCAAACACGGGCCAUCCAGUUUUAGAAAACGGUGGCUUCUACCUUCCACCCGGAGGAGUUCGCCGAAUUGGAGCCCCAGGGGAUUGGAGUGGACGUAUUUGGGCUCGAACUGGCUGCAAUUUCGAUGAAUCGACCAAUCACAAACCGGCCUGUGAAACAGGUGACUGUGAAGGAAAACUCGAAUGUGAAGGAGCCAUAGGCAUUCCACCAGCUACACUAGUAGAAAUGACUAUACAAUAUGACAAAAGGCAGCCAAGUUUCUAUGAUGUGAGCUUAGUUGAUGGAUAUAACCUCCCUGUUUCGGUAACAAGUAAGCCUACAUCAUCAAAGUGCCUUAUUGGAGGUUGCACCAAAAACAUGAAAGACACGUGCCCGCCAGAGCUUGAGGUUGUUAAUGCUGACGGACGAGUGGUGGCGUGUAAAAGUGCUUGCUUGGCUUUCAAUCUUGACUCAUUUUGUUGUAGGAACAAAUAUGGGAGUCCCGAAAAAUGCAAGCCAAGUGUGUACUCGAGUUUGUUCAAGAAAGCUUGUCCCUCUUACGUUACUUAUGCUUUCGACACACCUUCACCCGUGGUCAGCUGUUCAUCCGAUCAAUAUGUUAUCACUUUCUGUCCGGAUAAAUGGGGCACCAAAUAUUCGUCUUCUUGAUACAAUUGCUCGUUCUAGUCACGGCUUACUCUCUAGUUUAUACAAUCAGCAAGCAUGUUAUCUUUAGUUAGCUAGUUGGAAUAAUGUCAUCUGUACACGAAAUAAUCUUUGAUUCCACUUUCUACUACUUCAUAAUAAAGAGUUUUAAGUUAUGUA